UUGCAGUCUCGGACAAGAAUGGAGGUGUUGGUGGUGGCGUGUGACCAUGAUUUUCGGACACUCUUUUGCCUUCUCACACCGCACUAUAAAUGCAACUCACUCCCCCGUCAUCUCUUAUCUCCUUUCCUCCGUGGCCGUUACAUUGAGGAAACUAACACCUUCACGAAACUCACACACUCGUGAACUAAUCAAUCUUAUCUCGAACAGUCACUUUUGCUCCAUCAUGAGUAUAUAUGUAUAGGCGACGCUAGUCUCUCCAUCUGUGUGCCAAACCACAAUGCCACCCAUAUCAAGAUGGCCACCCGAGAUCCUAGCGACGGUGGUCUCAGAGCUCAAGGUGCAGAGAGGGAUCGCCGUGCCGCUGGUCGUGAUGAACUUGACCUGGUUCGCCAAGAUAGCCAGCACGACCGUGUUCCUAGGCCGGCUCGGGGAGCUCCAGCUGGCCGGCGGCACGCUGGGGUUAACUUUUGCUAACGUCACCGGGUUCUCAGUCCUGAACGGGCUGUGCGGCGCCAUGGAACCAAUCUGCGGUCAGGCUCACGGGGCUCGGAACUUCAAGCUCCUCCACAAGACCCUUUUCAUGUCGGUCCUCUUGUUGUUAGCAGCAUCAUUGCCAAUCUCUUUCUUGUGGCUCAAUGUGGACAGGGUCCUGAUCUGUUUUGGCCAGCAAGAGGACAUUUCGCUCGUUGCCAAGACCUACCUCUUCCAUCUCCUCCCUGACUUGGUGGUCACCUCCUUCCUCAGUCCCCUCAAGGCCUAUCUGAGCUCGCAGGGCGUGACCAUCCCAAUAAUGUUCGGCUCAGCCCUCGCCCUCGCUUUCCACGUCCCGAUCAACAUCCUGCUGGCAAAAGCGAAGGGCCUCGAGGGCAUUUCGAUGGCGGUCUGGAUCACUGAUCUGAUCAUAGUGAUUCUACUCGCCCUGUAUGUGGCGAUUGCCGAACGUGGCAAGGAUCGGAAUUGGAAGGAAGGUGGGUGGUGGGAACACAGAAUUCGCGAUUGGAUCCAACUGCUCAAGCUCUGCGGGCCAUACUGCCUCACCACCUGCCUCGAAUGGUGGUGCUACGAGAUCCUGGUGCUGCUAACCGGGCGGCUAGAGAACGCCAAGCUGACGGUGGGAGUGCUGGCUAUCGUGCUCAAUUUCGACUAUCUCCUCUACGCAGCCAUGUUAUCUCUAGCGACAUGUGCAUCCGCACGAGUAUCAAACGAACUCGGGGCGAAUCGGCCCCAUAUCGCUUACCAAUCGGCCUAUGUAUCUCUAUUAGUAAGCGUCCUCUCGGGUUGCAUCGGCGCGAUGCUCAUGGUAGCAUCUAGGGGGAUCUGGGGCAAUCUGUUCAGCCACAACCGGGGCAUCGUGUCGAGCGUGAAGAAAAUGAUGCUCCUGAUGGCUGUGGUGGAAGUGGUGAAUUUCCCGUUGGCAGUCUGUGGAGGAGUCGUGCGGGGAACGGCAAAACCGUGGCUUGCGAUAUGCUCGAACCUUUGCGGGUUUUACCUCCUAGUGCCCUUGGGCAUAGUCUUCGCUUUCAAGGUGGGGCUCGGGCUAGCCGGGCUGUUGCUCGGGUUCUUGGUCGGCGUGGUCGCUUGCUUGAUGUUGCUGUUGAUGUUCGUUGCGAGGAUCGACUGGGAUGAGGAAGCUAGAAAGGCCCAGAUGCUGGCCUCCAGCACGCAAGAAGAACAAGUUGAUGGAACUCAAACACAUGCGGAAAGAGAAAACCGCACGGCGGCGUGAAACUAGCCGCCAUGUUACGUCUGUCGUAGCAUCGCAUCGACCGAGCCAAUUGUCUAAGUCCACCACCAUCUUGUGAAGUUUGCCUGCUUGAUUAGGCUUGGCUUGCCUCGCUGACUUUGCGAGUAUGUAGUUCCUGUUCCAAC